AUGCAGCUCCUCCUCAGUGCUACGACUUGUCUUGCUGUACUGGUGGUAAUCUUUCCGACUUACCGUCCUAAAUCAAAGAGUGGCCUCCCUCUUCCACCUUCCCCUCCCACUUGGAGACUUCGAGGGCAUGUCUUGCCACCUUACAAACCAUUCCUCACCGUAGCGGGAUGGAUUGACGAGUACGGUCCUCUGAUUACCAUUCGAUCAAAUUUCGAGCGAAUCGUUAUUAUCGGGCGUUACAAAGCUGCCGUGGAAAUUAUGGAGAAUCAGGGAAAAUUUGUAGCUGAUCGUCCUCGCAUGGUUGCUGCUGGAGAAAUGCUUAACGGCGGAAUGAGCAUUGCCCUUAUACCCUUCGGGGAUCGGUUCCGUCGCAUGCGUAGAGCACUUCAUUCUCAUCUCCAACCUAAAGCAGCUGAGGCAUAUCAGCCAGUACAGACGUCACACGCGAAGGACAUAGUUCUUGGUGUUCUUGAUAAUCCACAAGACAUCACCCACCAUGCCAUAACUUAUGCUGCAACGACGAUCAUGAAAGUUGCAUAUGCGAAGAAUACGCCUACGUCUGGGACUGAUCCAGAAGUCGUUGAGAUGCUUCAAAUGUCCCGGAUGGUUGCUAGAAUUCUGCGCCCUGGUGCUUACCUGGUAGACUCAAUCCCGUGGCUCAAAUACCUUCCUUGGUAUGGCCGAGAGUUGAAACUGGGGUUUGAAAGCAGGAAGAAAGUUCACAUUGAUGAUAUGGAACGCGUGAAAGAGCAAAUGACCGAGAUGGCCUUUCUUGGUGGUGCCUUUCUCUCAGCUGGUUCAGUUACGACUUCUGCGUCGAUAUGCACGGUGCUCAUGGCAGCCGCAUGUUUCACCGGGGAGCAGGCUAAAGUUCAGGCCGAGCUCGAUGCAGUCAUCGGAAGGCACCGAGCGCCAACCUUCGCUGACCAAGGGUCCCUUCCUCGCCUGCAAGCAUUCAUCUCUGAGGCUCUGAGAUGGAGACCUGUGAUUCCUAGUGGAUUGCCUCACCGAACAACCAAGGACGUGAUUUGGGAAAACUAUUGUAUUCCAGCUGGGACUACGGUAUUCGGCGACCAUUGGGAUCCAGAUGUCUACCCGGAGCCUUAUGCGUUCAAGCCACAACGCUGGAUUGACGAACAAGGUGGCCUGAGAGACGAUUUAAAAUUAUUUGCUUACGGCUUUGGCGGCGGUCAAUCGGUGUUCAUAUCCACGCUCCUUGCUCUUUGGGCCUACAAGCUCACUCUGGAUCCUACGAAGCCAUUAGAGGACAUGGGGUUCAUGGCCGGCUCGACGUCAGAGGUGCCCUGCGCGUUUAAGUUUGAGAAGAGGAUUCCGGAAACGGAGCUCAGAAGCAUGUUGCAGCAUUAUCCUGAGGUCGUAUGA